GGAGGCGGCUGCGGCGCUUGCUCCGGCCGGCCGGGGCGGGGGGCAGCUCGGGCCAAGCCGGCGCCGGGAUCCUCCCAGGGAGCGGCCCAGGAAGGGGAAGAGGAAGUCCCGCUGCCGCCCCCCAGCCAGGCCGAGCCGUGCAGUGCAGCGCCGCGCCGCGCCGCGCCGCGCCGCCGGGACAGAUGCAGCCUCAGCCCGCACUCUGUCAGGCAGCUCUGUGCCUCCAUAGGGGCCUGGCACCCAGUAUGGCAUGGUUGCUGUGCCGCCGCUUCCUGUGCUGCUGGGGGCAUUUCCUGCUGCAGGCUCCUUGCACAUCUGUGCUGCAGGCUGGAGACCAGACGUGGGGAGGGUGCCAGCCUGAGCACCAUGGGAUCCAUGUUCCGUAGUGAGGAGGUCUGCCUGGCCCAACUCUUCCUGCAGUCAGCUUCGGCAUACUCCUGCGUCAGCGAGCUGGGCGAGCGAGGACUUGUGGAAUUCAGAGAUCUCAACCCCACAGCCAAUGCCUUCCAGCGGCGCUAUGUGGGGGAGGUGCGGCGCUGCGAGGAGAUGGAGAAGACCUUUACAUUCCUGCACCAAGAGCUGCACAAAGCAGGGUUGACGCUAGCUCCCUGCACCGAAAGCCCUCCAGCCCCGCAGGCCCGAGAUGCCCUGCACAUCCAGGAUCAGUCGGAGCAGCUGGCCCUUGAGUUGCGGGAGGUGAGCCACAACCGGGCAUCGCUGCAUGGGCGUAUGAGAGAGCUGCAAGAGUACGUCCAGGUCCUGCGUGAGGGGCAGCGAUUCACUGGCCAGAUGGCUGUGUUGGGCUCCCCCACCCGCCCCCGUGCCCACUCUGAGCAUGACCCCCUGCUUGACCCUUCCAUGGCACAACGAAUCGACCUCAAGAUCAACUUCGUGUCAGGUGUGAUCCAUCCGUGGCGGGUGAGCUCCUUCGAGCGGCUGCUGUGGCGUGCCUGCCGUGGGUAUCUCAUUGCCAACUUUGUGGAGAUGCCUGAACCCAUGGAGGACCCAGCUACGGGCGAGAGCAUCACCUGGGUGAUCUUCCUUAUCUCCUACUGGGGAGAGCAGAUUGGGCAGAAAAUCCGCAAGAUCUCAGACUGCUUCCACUGCCACAUGUAUCCCUAUCCCGACAAGGAGGCUGACCGGCAGGAGACUCUGAGUGGGCUGCUCACGCAGAUUGAGGACCUCACCUCGGUGCUGGAGGAGACAGAGCAGUAUCUGACACAAGUGCUGCAGAAGGUGGUGCAGGCACUGCCCGCAUGGCGUGUGAAGGUCCAGAAGAUGAAGGCCAUCUACCUCAUCCUCAACCAGUGCAGCUUCAGUGUCACCGAGAAGUGUCUUAUUGCUGAGGUGUGGUGCCCAGCACGGGAUCUGCCUCAAGUGCAAGAGGCUCUACGCCAUGGAUCGCACAAGAGUGGCUCAGCAGUGGAGUCCUUUGUGCAUCGCAUCCCCAGCUCCGAGAGCCCUCCAACUCUCAUCCGUACCAACAAGUUCACUGCUGGCUUCCAGGCCAUUGUUGAUGCUUACGGUGUGGCCAGCUACCAGGAGGUGAACCCAGCUCCUUACACCAUCAUCACCUUCCCCUUCCUCUUUGCUGUCAUGUUUGGGGAUGUGGGACAUGGGCUGCUGAUGUUCCUCUUUGCUCUCUGGAUGGUGGUGUAUGAGAACAGCCCCCGCCUGCGGCAGGCGCAGAAUGAGAUCUGGCUGACGUUCUUUGAGGGACGCUACCUCAUCCUGCUUAUGGGGGCCUUCUCUAUAUAUACUGGCUUCAUCUAUAAUGAGUGCUUCAGCAAGGCCACCACCAUCUUCCCUUCUGCCUGGAGUGUGGCCACCAUGGCCAAUGAGUCUGCCUGGAGCUCAACAUACUUAGCAGAACAUCCUUUGCUCACCCUGGACCCCAACAUCACAGGCGUGUUUAAAGGACCCUACCCUUUUGGAAUUGACCCAAUCUGGAGCCUGACCAAGAACCACCUGAACUUCCUCAAUUCCUUCAAAAUGAAGAUGUCUGUGAUCCUGGGCAUUGUGCACAUGAGCUUUGGGGUGCUACUCGGGGUCUUCAACCACGUACACUUCAGGCAGCAGUACAAGCUGGUGCUGGUGUUCCUGCCUGAGAUAGUCUUCCUGAUGGCACUCUUCGGCUACCUUGUCUUCCUCAUCUUCUACAAGUGGAUCACAUACAACGCUGCCAACUCCAUGGUGGCACCCAGCAUCCUCAUCCAUUUCAUCGACAUGUUCCUCUUCACUGUGAACUCAGACAACCACCUGCUCUACACGGGACAGGUUACGGUGCAGAUGGUAUUGGUGAUCUUGGCCCUGGCCUCUGUGCCUGUCCUGCUCUUUGGGACACCCCUCUACCAGUACUGCCAGCAUUGGCGCCAGGGGAGUUCCCCCCACAGGCUAGAACCAUCCCUGCUGAGAGGCUCUGGAGACACUGAGGAGAACCAGUCCCUGCUUCAGGAGGACAGGAACUCAGUAAAUGUGACCAAGGAGGAUGUGGAGCAUGGGGCACCAGGCCACAAGGCUGAGGACUUUGUGCUCUCCGAUGUCUUCAUGCACCAGGCCAUACACACCAUCGAGUACUGCCUGGGCUGCAUCUCCAACACUGCCUCCUACCUGCGUCUGUGGGCAUUGAGCCUGGCACAUGCACAGCUGUCGGAGGUGCUGUGGACCAUGGUCAUGCGGAAUGGCUUUCUGAGGCUGAGCUAUGCAGCAGGUGGUGUGCUGCUGGUGCCUGUCUUUGCCUUCUUCGCAGUCCUGACAGUGGCCAUCCUGCUGGUGAUGGAAGGGCUCUCAGCCUUCCUGCAUGCCUUGCGUCUGCACUGGGUGGAAUUUCAGAAUAAGUUCUACACAGGUGCUGGGUACAAGCUGAACCCCUUCACCUUCACCCCUUAUACUUGGGAAUAGGCAGCAGGACCCAAGACCAGACAUUUUGUCCCCUGUCCCUUGCAAAGGGCUGGCACCUCUUCCCUGGCCCCUCCCUGCUCCCUUGGUGGGGUGCUGUGCCCCAACCCUCGCACCCCGCUCUCCUUCCUGCUGAGCCUGGUGCUGCUUUCCUCUCCACUUCCUCAAGGCCUGGUGCUUUCACUGACAUUUCCUCCCAUCUAUUUUUAUGAUUAAAGAGUUGAAUAGC